AUGAUUAUAAAUAAAUUUUUUGCUGCAUUUUCACAACUCAUUAGUAAAACUUCCUAAGUAGUGAAGCAAUCUCUAGUAAAAUAAAAUUUAACACAAUCUGAACCAAUGAGAUUAAGUAAAUACUUGGCUUAAACAAGUGUAUGCUCAAGAAGAGAAGCAGAAAAAAUGAUUUAAUCUGGGAUGAUAUUGGUUGAUGGAAAGAAAGUAGAAAGUAAUAUACCAGUUACUUCUGAAAAUAAAAUACAAGUAUUUACAAAGAAUGGAGAAAGAAUGCCUAUAAAACAAUCAACAGUAACCAGAAUUUAUUAUAAAAGAAAGUAUGGAUUUUUUAUAAACCAAUUGGUAUGAUAUGUUCUCACAAUGAUCCAUUUAAGAGACCAUCAUUUUAUGAUUUUGCAAAAAUUAGAUUAAAAACUGACUAGCAUAUUAUUUCUGUGGGAAGAUUAGAUUUUAAUUCAGAAGGAUUAAUAGUUGUAACAAAUGAUGGAGAGCUGGCUAGAUGUAUGGAAUUACCAGAAACAAAAUUAUAACGUACCUAUAGAGUAAGAGUUUAUGGUACUUUUACAGAGGAGAAACUGAAAAAGAUAAGAAAUGGUGUAACAAUAGCUGGUGUAAAUUAUGGACCAUAUUGGAUUAAUGUUGAGAAUAGGUAAAAUUAAUAAUGUAUAUUUAGAUAGUCAAGAAAUACUUGGUUAAUUAUGAGAUUAGAAUAAGGUAAAAAUAGAGAAAUUAGAAAAGUUAUGUAGAAAUUUGAUUUGAGAGUAAAUAGAUUAAUAAGAUAAAGUUAUGGUCCUUAUAAACUUAUGGGUUUGAAACCAGGUGAUUUUUAUGAAGCUUAAAUUGAACCAGAAAUAAAGAGAAAACUUUAUCUUUAUACUAGAAAAAAGUUAUAAGGUGUAUAAGAAUAAAUUUAAUUGGAAUAAACAAAACUAAAAAUUAAAGCUUUAGAUGAGUAAAGUAAAAAUGAUAAGUAGAUUGAAAAAUAAGAAAAUGAUUAAAUUGAGAAGAAGAAUUUAAUAUAAUCUUAGAAACUUCACUCAAAAACCAAUUGA